CGCUGUACCAGCUGAGCCUAAGCAUGGAGGCUGAGGCCGCCCCCGGAGCCACAGAGGCCUACCCUGUGGAUAUCCUGCAGGACGACUCGGAAGGCCAGCAGGCAGCUGCGCAGGUUUACUAUGACUUGCUCAGGGAAGGAGCCCAGGCCUCAGCAGAAGUUUUCUCCCUUCCUACUGGGGAGCAGGUCAGACUUGAAACUCCAUCUCUUCGAUUUUGCACUAUGUACCGUGACGAACCUCAACAUAAAUUACUGACUUUGGUUAGUCCCCAGGACACAAAGACAGUUGUAGCUGUUUAUUUAAAAGACUCCUGGUGGUCCAUUGAAGACGUCCUAAGAACUUCUGAUCCCACAAGGGAAGGGCUCAUGAAGGUUCAGUCCUUCGGGGAAAGAAUUGUACUUUUUGUUCUCAACACCAUUGUUUUUGGAAGACUGGAGAGAAGUCUGGAUGACGAUGACAUGUUUUUCUUACCUCACCCGGCGAAGGAGCAAGCUAAGAUUCUGUGGAGAGACGGAGCGGCCGUUGGAUUUUAUUCAAUCAAAAUGAAAGGCAGCCUCUGUGGUGACGGCACCAGUGCAUGCUACCUGCUGCCUGUCCUUGACACCGUGUUUGUGCGGAGGAAGAACCGCAGCCAAGGCCUGGGGACAGCCAUGCUGAGGGACUUCUGUGACACCUUUCGAGAAGAUGAAGCCCUGGGUAUCAGUUGCCCAAUUUCUCCUGCAAUGUACAAAGUCCUCAGGCGGUUCCUGUCGAUCCAUCCAGGCGAGAGAGGGCGCUUGUGGGAGGUGGAGCCCCCAGGGGCCUGGGGCCAGCGCACCAACGCCUGGCUCAAGGUUUGUCUUCGGGAGCCGCGACCUCAAGAUGGGACCACAGUGCAUCCUAAAUGCUCUGAAGAGGACACAAACAGCCCGAGGCAGACUUCUCAGAGUGAUGGAUGCACACAAUUUGAUCACGGAGAAAGCCAUAAGGCGUGGAUCGCUGAAGAACGGGAGACACAGAGUGACCAAGAAUGUGUCAAAAGAGAGGAGGAAGCUGAGAUGCCCCUGAGACCCUCCUGGGAUGAGACGGAGGGCAAGGGAGCCAAGAGGACAGUUGCAGUCGCUGGGCUGGCUGGUGAUCUGUGGCAGAAGCGUGCGCGGCAAGCUCCUAACUCCUCAGAGGCUCAUCUGGCUUCAUCAGGAUCUGAGCCUGAGGGUUUGAAGUGGCCCUGAAUAGUCUCUGGUGCUGGAGACAGUGUCUAUGGGUCCUGCCUAUCUCUGCUCACCUUUUAGGCUCUGGGCUGAGGGAGUCUGGAGCAGUGCUGGGGUAGGCCGAAUAUGCUCUGUAAAGUAAAAUGGCUUCCAUUCCCUAGGAAUAUGGUAUGCAUGGGGCCGUGUAAAGGGAUCUCUUAGUGGAAAUGAACUCAGAGACGGGCCAUGGUCUCGACCCAUGAUAAGCCUUCAGCCCUGUUGGGACCUCAGAAUGCAGCUCCAGAGGUUUUCAGGCAGACGAGUUCCUUCUCUGGGGACUUGCCAGUCACUUCAGAGCUCCUUGAGGGCAAACACCAGGGGUGUCCACUAUGCCAGGGUCAGGUGGUGCCCACUGUGGGCCCAGUGGGUUCAGCCUAUUGCGUUCCACUGUCUGGACAUGGGGUAGGGUUCCUCGUAGAGAAGGCUGGUCUGGUACUUUAUGUUUCCUGAAUGGUCAAAAGACUCAUGCCGUGGAACCUCAGUUACUUAUGUAUUUUAUUCAUCAAAGCACCCAGUGAUGUGGGAGGUCCUUCUGUACAUGUGUUGCUUUUAUUGGUGAAUGAAUAAAGAAGCUGCUUUUGGCCAGUGGCUUAAUAGAAUAUAGACAGGCUGGAAGAGCUCUAUAUAGAGAGAGUAGACGGAGUCAGGGAGACACCAUGGAGCCACCAGAGGGGAAACAUAUGAGCUGCCAGUUGGAACCUUGCCGGUAGGCUACAAGCCUCAUAGUAAAAUAUAAAAUAAUGGA